AUGACAGCUGCCCCAACAACCACGACUGUUGCACCAACAACCACAACUGUUGCACCAACAACCACGCCUGCUGCACCGACAUCCACAACAUCUCCACCAACAAUCACAACAACUGCACCAACAACCACAACACAAACACACACAUCCACAACUGCUGCAUCAACAACCACAACAGCUGCAUCAACAACUACUACAGCUGCACCAACAUCCACGACAGCUACAACCACGACAGGUGCAUCAACAUCCACUACAGCUGCACCAACAACCACAACAGCUGCACCAACAUCCACUACAGCUGCAGCAACAUCAACUACAGCUGCACCAACUACCACAACAGCUGCACCAACUACCACAACAGCUGCACCAACUACCACAACAGCUGCACCAACUACAAUGACAUCUCCACCAACAACCCAUACAGCUUCACCAACAACCACUACAGGUGCACCAACAACCAAAACAGCUAAACCAACAAGCUCGACAGCUGCAACAACAUCUACUACAGCUGCAACAACAACCACGACAGCUGCACCAACAACCACGACUGUUGCACCAACAACCACGAAUGCUGCACCAACAACCACGACAGCUGCACCAACAACCACCACAGCUGCACCAACAUCCACUACAGCUGCAACAACAACUACGACAGCUGCACCAACAUCCACUACAGGUGCACCAACAUCCACAACCACAACAGCUGCACCAACAUCCACUACAGCUGCAGCAACAUCAACUACAGCUGCACCAACUACCACAACAUCUGCACCAACUACCAUGACAUCUCCACCAACAACCACUACAGGUGCACCAACAACCAAAACAGAUAAACCAACAAGCUCGACAGCUGCAACAACAUCUACUACAGCUGGACCAAUUACCACUACAGCUGCACCAACUACCACAACAGCUGCACCAACAACUACUACAGGUGCAUCAACAUCCACUACAGCUGCACCAACAACCACAACAGCUGCACCAACAUCCACUGCAGCUGCACCAACAACCACGACAGCUGCACCAACAACCACGACAGCUGCACCAACAACCAUGACAGCUGCCCCAACAACCACGACUGUUGCACCAACAACCACAACUGUUGCACCAACAACAACGCCUGCUGCACCGACAUCCACAACAUCUCCACCAACAAUCACAACAACUGCACCAACAACCACCACACAAACACACACAUCCACAACUGCUGCAUCAACAACCACAACAGCUGCAUCAAAAACUACUACAGCUGCACCAACAUCCACGACAGCUGCAAUAACAGCCCUGACUACUGCACCAACAACCACGACAGCUGCACCAACAACCACAACAGCUGCAUCAACAACUACUACAGCUGCACCAACAUCCACGACAGCUGCAACAACAUCCACGACAGCUGCACCAACAGCCCUGACUACUGCACCAACUACCACAACGGCUACAACCACAACAGCUGCAUCAACAACUACUACAGCUGCACCAACAUCCACGACAGCUGCACCAACAUCCAAUACAGGUGCACCAACAUCCACUACAGCUGCACCACCAACCACGACAGCUGCACCAACAACCACGACUGUUGCACCAACAACCACGACUGCUGCACCAACAACCACGACAGCUGCACCAACAUCCACUACAGCUGCACCAACAACCACGACAGCUGCACCAACAACCACGACUGUUGCACCAACAACCACGAAUGCAGCACCAACAACCACGACAGCUGCACCAACAAUCACGACAGCUGCACCAACAUCCACUACAGCUGCACCAACAUCCACUACAGCUGCACCAACAACCACAACAGCUGCAUCAACAACUACUACAGCUGCACCAACAUCCACUACAGCUGCACCAACAACCACGACAGCUGCACUAACAACCACGACAGCUGCACCAACAGCCCUGACUACUGAACCAACUACCACAACAGCUGCACCAACUACCACAACAGCUGCACCAACUACCACGACACCUACACCAACAUCCACUACAGCUACACCAACAACCAUAACUACUGCACCAACAUUCACAACAGCUGCACCAACAUCCACUACAGGUGCACCAACAUCCACUACAGCUGCACCAACAACCACGACAGCUGCACCAACAACCACGACAGCUGCACCAACAACCCUGACUACUGCGCCAACAACCACGACAGCUGCACCAACAACCACAACAGCUGCAUCAACAACUACUACAGCUGCACCAACAUCCACUACAGCUGCACCAACAACCACGACAGCUGCACUAACAACCACGACAGCUGCACCAACAGCCCUGACUACUGAACCAACUACCACAACAGCUGCACCAACUACCACAACAGCUGCACCAACUACCAUAACUACUGCACCAACAUCCACAACAGCUCUUCACCAACAACCACUACAGGUGCACCAACAACCAAAACAGCUAAACCAACAAGCUCGACAGCUGCAACAACAUCUACUACAGCUGCACCAACAACCACGACAGCUGCACCAACAACCACGACUCUGCACCAACAACCACGACUGUUGCACCAACAACCACGACUGCUGCACCAACAUCCACGACAGGUGCAUUAACAUCCACUACAGCUGCACCAACAACCACAACAGCUGCACCAACAUCCACUACAGCUGCAGCAACAUCAACUACAGCUGCACCAACUACCACAACAGCUGCACCAACUACCAUGACAUCUCCACCAACAACCACUACAGGUGCACCAACAACCAAAACAGAUAA